GACCAGAAGCCCUUUUCCUGACAGACCAAAGACUGACCACUGACAGGCAUACUGUAGCUGCAGCGUAACUAUGGUGUAAAGCUACUUUAAUGAGAUAACAUUACACAGUAACUACUGUCAGUCAUGAGCUCAAGCACCCUUUCUGCUGUGAUAGAGAAGCUGAUUUGCCGCCUGUGUCUGAAUGACUUUCCCUGUGGAAAUGGUACAUGGAGAAACACCAAAGAUGGUGAGGAGCGCGCAGAGACAGAGUCCACGGAUGCUCUCCUGGAUCUGCUGAGCUGCCCUCAUUCUCCAUGGCAGCAUGAUGUAUCAUGGAGCCCUCAGGCUUUGCCUCUGAGACGACUGGCUGUGCUCGCACCUGAACGCCUGCACACCCACUUCAUUUACAACUACUUCACUGCACUUCAUAUUGUUGACAGAGGUGUAACAGACAUUGAUGAUGGCCUGUUAAAGUUCUCAAAGCUGGAGGAACUGGUGCUGAGUGCCAACAAAAUCUCAGAAAUCCCCACAGCAAACCUUCCUAGCACUUUAAAGAUUUUGGAGCUACGUGCAAACCAGUUGUCGUCUUUAAACACCCUCACCAGCUGUCCUCCUCCUCCUCCUCACCUGCAGUACCUCAGCCUCAGCUCAAACACUCUGGGUUCCCAUGAUGUCAUCUCUCAUCUUACUGGAAGACACUGGCCACAGCUGGUGUGUCUGGACCUCAGUGAUUGUGAGUUUCAGGACCAGCCGGCUCUGCUGAAUGCCUUGAGCACCCUGCCUUGCCUCAAGACCCUGGUACUAGAGGGAAAUCCUUUCACGCUUGCGCCCUCAUAUCCGGGACUGACUGUGGACAGUCUCCCACAGCUUUCCUAUCUGGACGCCUCAUGGAUCUCCCCUGAUGAGAGACGUCAUUUUAGGGGCUUGGCCCAGAUGAGUGAUCUGGUAGUAGGCAUGGCAUCAGCCACGGUGAGUGUGGGAAGGUUGAUGGGAAUCCCAGACCCUCUGAUGACCGUGGAUGACACAGCUCCUGAUUUCCCUGUUGUCAGCUACUGCUAUUUUAUCACCUACGAGUUCCUUAGUCAUCAGACGCUUGCUCACUUGAAACUUGACACUGAGGCAAAAUCCGACACGGCAUCGACAGCACGUGUGACAGACGACCAACAAUCGAACAAGAACUGUGAAAAACAGACGUCCAAACCGGAUGCUGGCGUUUUAGUGUUAAAUUAUGAGGAAUCCUGCUGUGACACUGCAUACGUGUUAAGGCACAGCACAUCCAAACUGUCGUGGUCAGAGAGCAUGGACUUCAGUGACACACAAACCCACACUGUGAGCGCUCUGGCAGAUUUAAAGAAAUUCCUCAAUCGGGGACUACAUCUUAGGUUAGAGGAAGAAAAGGUCCUGUCGUGGCCUGUAACUUCUGAAGAAGUCUUGGUGACCAAACCUAGCCAAACUGUAAAAGAGAAGAAAGGAAGGAAGGAGAAAGAAUCUCCAGUUAAAUCUGAAUCCAAGUAUAAAGACAAAAAGAAAAAAUCUGCACCUGAGCUGCUCCAAGAUGCCCCCAUCAGACGAAUCCUUGGUUCUGUACACAUCCCCCUGCAAAGCCUGGUCAGAGGAGGCCAACAGGUCAAAGUCCUCUGUGACUUUGGCACUUUGCACACAGACUCUGAGCUGGAAGCUACACAAACACAUCAAAAGGCUUUGGGAAAGAAAAAUAAAGAGAGCAAGAAGAAGGAGGACAAGGAAAAAAAAGGGAGGGGAGGCAGCGGUGCAGGACAGCAGAAUACAGCGCUGUCAAAAGCAGAUAAAGGAAAAGGAAAUAAAGAGCUUGACUCUGUCACUGGCCAACUGGAACCAGUGACUGUGGAGCUGAGUGUGGAGUUGGAGAAAUGGCAGUCUGCGUCGGAAGCUCACCACUUUCUCCUACCGCACCAAACCCCCCGAAGCAGAAAGCUGGGUUUAUGUUGUAAAUCUGGCUUUUUUUAACCUGGUGUGGGUCAAUGCAGCUUUAUCCCUCCAAACCAGUCCUGACCAUGUUAGAUUCAACAGGCUAAACCAGUGUUAGAGUUCACCCAAAAAUCCCUCUCCUCUGGGUCCUUCCUUCCUGGUUUUUCUCUGUUGACUGUGAACACACCAUUGAGAUAACUGCAUAAUAAAUCUAUUA